UAUUUAUCUGAAAUUUUCAAGAGUAGUUUCUAUCAUAAUAAUUUUAGAAUUGGAUUAAUAAUUUUUUUUUAUCCUUUUCCUGGAUUUAUGUGUGUGGUCGUUCUCUUCACGCAUGCGUGAAACAGACGGUCAAUUUUCUGCGUGUAUAUAUAUAUAUAUAUAUCUGCUUUCGAAGCGUGCAGAUUCGAAUUUGGCGCGACUAUCCGCCGUCGGGUAGUCGGUGUCGGUCACGUCAACCGCGCGCGGUUGAUUAUUAAUCCGCUCUCAUAUCCGCUCGGGUUCUAAAAGGUGUCGCUAAAAUUGGGAUCACAUUCGCGAGAGAAUCGCGAGGGUGCAGAGGGAAGUGCGGUAAAUGACAAUUAACAAAUGUCCCCGUUGUCGAGAUACCCAGACACGUCAUGCGGUGUGAAAAAGAGGAUAUAGACACGCAAGAACGAAUCUCCCUCGCGAUGCAGCGCAUGUGUGAGGAUUAUGUUUUGAGGCAGAUAUUCGUGGAGUGCGACGCGGACGCCUCGAUCUCGACGCCGGACUCGACCGCGGUGCAGCUCACGGGGGACGCGGUGCCGAUCUCCAGGAUCGUCGAAUACAUUCAGGAUCGAUUGCCGGCCUGGUCAAUCGACAAUCUGGAGGAAUUGUGGAGGUGUUUGGCCGCCGUCUCGACCAACGAUCACGUGAAUCUGCGGCAAUUCAAGGAGGCAACGAAGCGCUGGAUCGCCCAGGUUCAGCAACAGGUUCAGUCUGCGCAGGACGGCAGUAACAAUAAUGUCCGGGAGAAACUCCACCUCGCGAGCGACGCAGACUCUUCGAUGAAAACCAUGGAGGUGGCUAAUGAUAUCGUGGAAUUGGAGCUCCGAAAUGUGAAAUUUCGAGAGCUCUGCGAGGAGAACAAUGUCCUUCGCGACGAGCUCGAGCGGCACGAAAGAUCAAUCGACAAACUCAAACAACAACACAGCAUCGUCGAGAGACAGCUAAAGCAUUACGCUCAGAGAUGUCAGCAACUCGAAAAGGAGAACGACGAGCAGAGAGAUCAGUUAAACGAGUUGUUCAAGAAAGAAAAAACGAUGGCCUCGGCGCUUCAAAGAUACACAAAAGAGCAUGAGAAUUUGUCGAAGCAAUUGGAAGCUGCGGAGAUUGAGGUACAGGCUAUACCGUCUCUAAAAGAAGAACUGGAAAAAGUCAUUAAAGAGAAAAUGGACUGUUUGAGACGGAUCGCCAAAAUGCAGGAGGAAUUUGACGAAAAGGAAAGCAAUUGUAGCCAAUUAAAAAUCACGAUAACCGAACUCGAGGACACUAGUCUUAGUAUGAAGGAGAGCUACGAGUACACGAUUCGCAAUCUGCGUGAAAAGAAUCGUCUGCUCACGGACGAAAAUGUGGAGCUGCAGUCGUUGUCGGCCUUUAACGCGUGUUCUUCACUCGGGGAAAUGCUCUCGAUGUCGCCAGUUUUGGACAUAGAUGGAUUCUGCUCCGCCAGCACACCUUGUAAAUCGAUAAAAGUGCCGGAGCAAGAUUCAUUGUACACGGAAUUGAAAGCUUUAGGUUUUACAGCUGAGUGCAACAGAAACGACACGCAAGAACUCGAGGAGGAACUGAGAGAAUACGACGACGCGAUGUUUACGAUAUCGGAGCAACUAGAAAAAGUUGUACAGUUUUUCGUUACGGUGCGAGGCUCCGCCGUCGACUUACCUCACGUUAACCCGCGUGAGACGGAUGCAAGAACUUUUAAUGUCAACGUAUUGAAACACAAAGCAUCCCUUCUACUGAAUAUGGCGACAGAAGAGAUCACGAGGUGGAGCACGAGGCAGGAUUCGAGCACGCAGCUUCGAGCCGAGCCGGCGGACGCGCAGAUCGCCAGCAGUUUGGAUCAAUUUGGCGUCCGGAGUUUCCGGGAUCUGUUGGCGACGCACGCAAUCCGGCCGAAAGCGGAGGCGGGUCUGCGGGUCUCGAUAGUUUCUUCGCACUGCGUGAAUAACGAAGACGAUGACUCGUUCUCGAGAGUUGUAAAGACGUGCACACCGGGCGCUCAAAGUCGAUUCCGCAUCAUAGAACCCAUCAUCGAAGAAUUACACGACAUCAUCGAGAGCACCCUCGGCGCUCUUGUCGAUCACAAAGACCGCCCGCUAUCCGGGAAUUCAAGAUACCGAUCGAUACACACGUUGCCCUCGCUAACUGCGGAAGACUCGAAGUGCCCAACAUUCGGUUGUCAGAGUCCCGAAGCGAAUACCAUCGCUACUGCUGCUCCGCUCGCGCGAGGAGACGGUCCAACGCAGGAAGAUCGCGACGAGAAAUCCGCGCCGCUCGCCGCGGAAGCACGCGACGUUUCCGAUCGGGAAAAUCCCGCCCGGACUCGAGGGGAUUCCCAGGAGGAGGAUCAAUCGAACGAGAUGUCAAAGACAUCGAGCGUCCUCCAAACGGAUUCGAAGGCGUCGGCUGCGUCGGACGAGGAAGAGGCGAGUGCCGGGAGUUUCCAAGUGCCGGGAGCGAGCGGCGCGAGCACCACGAACCUCCGCAGAAAGAUCUCGGUCUACUGCCGCUCGUUCGACGUGGUGGAGGUGCAGAAUCCGCGCGAGGAUCAUCCGGGAUCCAGUCUGGAAGUGAGACAGUCGUCGGGCAAUCCGGACGGCUCGCCCGCGCAGAUCGACAGGUUUACCACAACGGGCGAUCGAAGUAUCAACGCCGAUGUGAAAUAUACGUUUAACCACGUUUACCGCAACGAGAAGAGCGACAGCGAUUCCGCGAACUCCACGCCGGGGAAGCAAUUCCAGGACAGCCUGCUGGACGACGAGCCACCGAUCGAACAGUCGAUACCCAGAAAGGUCCAUUUGGCGCCCACGCGUUUGAAAUUUCCGCAGGAAGCCAGAAACGAAUUAGACAGAACCGCCAACGCUUCCUGUGCUUCUCCCAUUCCGAUGAUUUCCACCGAAUUGGAUAUUUCGAAUUCUUCUUCGUAUCCCGCGAACGGACACGAGAAAGAUCACGACGCUCCCGUGCAUUCAUCUUUAAUUACAGACAAAAGGAAGACGAAGAGUGUGGUAUUCGGGUCUACAUCGUAUUUGGACACGAACGUUUCGCAGGCACAUUCAGUGCCAAAUUGCUGCCUGCUUCCGCGAGAUCAAGAUGAUUCAGCGAAGAUCGUGGAUUCAGAGGAUCCCCACUCCCAGUCGUGCGUGCGAAGAGUCGGCGGCGAGAGUCUGUCGCGAAUCGAACGGUCAGUCGAUAGCCAAAUGUCGAGUCGCGAGGACAGUUUGGCCGCCGUUUCAGGCAGCGACGAGCGCGAGCCGACAGCGGGAUCCGGUGAUCGAUGCGGCGGCAUCGACGAGAGAGCGAUCGCGAAUGGGAUCGGCAAGGCCGCCGUCAAUGUCGUGUCAUCCCCGUCGAUCGAAACGUCGGUCUCUGCGAAAGUGGUGCCGUGCGAGAACGCGGAGCAGAGCGGUGAAAAAGCGCGCGAAGGAAAGAACCAGGUGGAGACGAAAGGAGAGAUACAGCAGUUUCCUUUAAGUACGAAAAGAUCAUACUCGGAGGGCGAAAACCUCGGUCGAUCGGAGUGCCAGUGCAAAAAUGCGCCGUCGGUUCCGCAUGACAGUCAAUGCAGGGUAGUCUUCCCGAGUCUCGCGGAAAUUUGUCCGCAGGAAUCUGGGAUAGCCAAUUUAUCGGACUCUGAAUUAGAGAUCAGGGAGAAUCCAAGCGAGCUCGAAUUGCAGAAGAAGUACACAGCGUUCUCGUUGUGCCUCAGCAUAGACAGAUUGACUCUGCCGCGAAGGACGGCGAUGUCGAUUCGGCAACGCGAUCAAUCCGAGAGAAACCUCUCCUACGAGGUGCGGAAGAUGCAGCAAGACAUUCAGGAACUCGCGCCACUAUGCACGGACAGAGAAUCCGUGGAGCGGGUGGAGCGGGUCAGGCAUCAGUUGGACAUGAUCGUGCGUUGCGCGCACAGGGUGUCCUGCGCGGCCGAGACCCUGGGCGCCGUGCAGCAGGAGCGUAGAGUCUCCCGGGCGGUUCUGCUGGCGGACAAGUAUCUCCACUUGCUGCAGUCCCGGUGCGAGAAGCUGUUCGCCAAUGUCGCCGAGACCAAACGGAUCCUGGUAGAGAACAACAUAGUGAUAGAGGAGAACUCCGGCGAGCUCAACGAUGAACUGCCCCGCAUCAGAUACAGGAGCGGUACACCCGCCAAUAAUCGUAUGAUGAUGGCUAGGAGAAGAGCCAGCGUGGCCACAAUGUCUCGGCCGAUGGGCAGCACACAGGAUGUCACAAAGGACGCCGUGAGGCAGCGAAACUCCGUUUCUGGACGCAUGACUCUCAGGAGACCGUCUUUCAGCUCCGAAUCCCCGAAGUGGGACAUCGAAAAACUGGAUCGAACCGAAAGUUCGAAUAGUAUCAGUGAAUUGCGGGGUAUUUUCGAGCAAGUGGAAUCUCGUCGUAGCUCGAAGGAGGAAAAUAACAACAUGUUACGACUGAAUCACUCCAACAGUCAAAGUAUAGUAAAUUGUGCGAUAAUCGAUAACGAAGUUUGGACGAACGUAAAAGAGGAGAGCUCACCCGAAGUUUCUGACAACGAAAGUCUUAAUUCUGAGAGAUCGAGCGCGAGAUCGUCGAACUCCUUCCAGUCGAGAAGACGGAAGAGAAGACGAAUAUCAAUGUGGCACAUAAUGCUGUCGAGUAUUCUAAUUUUCUGCUUCGUCUUUUACGUGAUUCAAGCCAUGUCGUUAAACAUUUGCCAUGAACCGUUAAACAAACGUUUGAUCGGAUACGUUUUCGACCGUUACGGUCAGAUAAGGAACCCGAUGUGACUUUCUUGCGCGGUCCGAUUAGCUGUAUCAGUAAAAUAAGUAGCAAGACUAUAAAAGUGUACAUUGUAACAUAUGUCAAUUAUGGAAAGGCUGAAUAAAUUAAUAAUUGCAGAGUU